UCAAUGCAUGAUCGCACAAAAUUGUUUGUGAGAAUGUUUUGCUGGGGACUUCAGGGUAGUCCAGAACAUUCAUCAAUCCUUAAAAAGGCCUUUCUAUUAGGGGCAAAAAAUGGAAUUCAAGAAAUAGUAGAAGAGAUCUUAGUGGUAUUUCCGGAUGCAAUUUCUUAUGUAGACGAAGACGGGCAUUCUGCUCUCCAUCUUGCAGUUAUGUACCGUUGUGAACAUGUUUUCAAUUUUAUUAUUCAACAAAUGGGAGUGAGUAAAAAGUUACUGUUGAAAGUAGACAAUGGAGGCAACAAUAUCUUGCACUUGGUUGGACGAAUGCCAUAUCAACCACAACUUGAAGUUGGUUCUGGUGCAGUUUUACAAAUGCAGCGUGAAUUGCAAUGGUACAAGGAAGUAGAAAAGCUGGUGCCGGUGCAGGCAACAACAACAUUGAACCAUGAUGGAAAGACACCUAUGAUGGUAUUUGACGAGGACCAUCGUCGUAUGAUCCAAUCUGAAGAGCAAUGGAUUGUAAGCCUGGCAAGUGCAUGCACUGUUUCAACAACAAUCAUUGGCACAAUAGCAUUUUCGGCAGCCAUUCAAGUGCCGGGGGGAAACAAUGAUAAAGGCCAUCCAAACUUAAAUAACGAAACCAACAAUAAUACAGGCCAUCCAAACUCAAAUAACGAAACCAACGGAUCCACCUUCAGAUUAUUUGCCAUAUCAAAUGCAGCCGCGCUAUACUCGGCCAUCUCCACAUUCUUAAUCUUUUUAUCCAUCUUCACUACACGCUAUGCAGCAAUUGAUUUUCUAUAUUCCCUGCCCAAUAGAUUAAUAAUUGGCCUGAUUUCCCUGUUUGUCUCUAUAACAUCCACUAUUAUAGCUUUUGGUUUUGCCCAAUAUUUCAUGCUUUUCGAAGAACACGAAACUUGGAAACCAAUUUCAGUGGUCAUAAUGUCCUUUGCACUAGUGACUUUGUUUGCUUUCUUACAAUUUCCCCUCCUCCUAAAUAUGAUGAAAACCACAUAUGGCCGAAGCAUGUUCAACCUUUUAGAUGGAAGAAAUAGUCGAAAAGGCUUAAGGUUUUGAGCUUCCUUAUAUGUACGUUGUAUCGAAGUGGAAAUGCAACAUUGCUCAUUUCGUCGAUGCCAUAGUGAAAUACGCAAGAUGAAUAAAACUCUCUUCCCCCUUUCUCCCUCUUUGUGAUAUUAAAUGUGUGCUUGUGGGUAACAAUCGUAAGCACCCCAAUCAAGUGUUUAGUGAACCUGAUUAUUGCUAAACUGUCUCUAAUGUAUCAAGUCUUUUGUGUUCGGUGCUGUGUUGCUUUAGUUUGUUAUUGGAGCAUACUCGUACAAGCGUUUUGUUA